AUGGAAUCAGAGCAGGAGUCUAUUAGCUCCUACAACUCGCGCGACUCGCUGGAGCACGUGCCGCCGCACACGUACGUGCCCGCGCCGGCGUCGCAGGCCGGUCACGUGGGCGGCCGCAACCGGUCCAGCUCCCUGAUCACGGGGACCGGCUCGCGCGCGUCGUCGUCGCCGGGUCGGCUCCGGCUGGUGCCCACCGAGACGCUGCGGUCGCUGCAGGAGCUGGGCGUGUCGCCCACGGCGCCGAUCCCGGACGUGAACGCGCCCACGACGGUGGCGUCCGGAACGGCAAUCUUCCCCGAGGAGUACACCAUGGAAACCGCAACCGGGCUGGUGCCCGUGGCAACGCUGCAGUCGCUCGGGCGGACCCAGUCCGGCACGCUCGCCGCGACGCGCACCCGCACGCGCACUCGCGCGGGGCUGCAGGAGCUGGGCGCCGCGGACUCGGCGUCCGUGUCCGACGAGAAGAAGGUGCUGUCGCACGGCGACCACGCCGGCGAGGUGCCGGAGUACGACCCGGAGAUCGAGUUUGUGACGUUCGUCACAAACGACCCGCACAACCCGCACAACUGGCCCACGUGGAUCCGGUGGAUGUACACCAUCCUGCUGUCGGUCCUGGUGAUCGCGGUGGCGUACGGGUCCGCGUGCAUCACCGGCGGGCUGGGCACUGUGAGCGCCCGUUUCCAGGUCUCCAUGGAGGUGUCGAUCCUGGCGUGCUCGCUGAUGGUCAUUGGGUUCUCGCUGGGCCCGCUGCUGUGGUCGCCGGUGUCGGACAUGUACGGCCGCCGCGUCGCGUACGUGGUGUCGCUGGGGCUGUACGUGGUCUUCAACAUACCUUGCGCGCUGGCGCCCAACAUCGGGUGCCUGCUGGCGUGCCGGUUUCUAUGUGGUGUCUGGGCGUCGUCCGGCCUGUGUCUGGUGGGAGGGUCCAUCGCCGACAUGUUCCCUCCCGAGACGCGUGGCCGUGCCAUUGCGUUCUUCGCAUACGCGCCGUACUGCGGUCCGGUGUUCGGACCCUUGGUCAACGGCUUUGUGUCGGUGUCCACGGGCCGGAUGGACCUGAUUUUCUGGAUCAACAUGGCGUUUGCCGGGGUCAUGUGGAUCGUCGUUGCUUUGAUCCCCGAGACAUAUGCGCCGGUCAUCCUCAAGCGCCGUGCUGUGAAGCUCAGACGCGAGACCGGCAACCCCAAGAUCAUGACCGAGCAGGAGGCCCAGGGUCUCAGCGUCCGCGAAAUGGUGCGCGCGUGUCUGCUGAGACCGCUGUACCUGGCCGCGACCGAGCCCGUUUUGGACCUCAUGUGUUUCUACGUGUGCCUGAUCUACUCGUUGCUAUAUGCCUUUUUCUUUGCAUUCCCGGUUAUUUUCGGCGAGCUGUACGGUUAUGAGGACAACUUGAUCGGCCUGAUGUUCAUCCCCAUCUUGAUCGGUGCGUCUGUGGCUUUGGCCACCACGUCGUACUGUGAGAACCAGUACGUCAAGAUCACCAAGCGCAGAAACCCUACACCGGAAGACCGUUUGCUCGGGGCCAUGAUUGGCGCUCCCUUCGCCGCCAUUGCGCUCUGGAUACUCGGGGCUACCUCUUACAAGCACAUCAUUUGGGUCGGGCCCGCUUCUUCGGGUCUGGCCUUUGGAUACGGCAUGGUGCUUAUCUACUACUCCUUGAACAACUACAUCAUCGAUUGCUACGCCAUGUAUGCCUCCAGUGCCCUUGCCACCAAGGUUUUCUUGCGUUCUGCAGGCGGUGCUGCUUUCCCACUGUUCACCAUCCAAAUGUACCAUAAACUGGGGCUUCAAUGGGCCAGCUGGCUCUUGGCCUUCAUCUCCACGGCCAUGAUUCUAAUUCCGUUUGCGUUUUACUACUAUGGUCAAAACCUGCGCAGAAGGAUGUCCAAGAAGAACUACGCCUUUAGCGGCAUGGAGUGA